AUGUCAGUUUCACCCGCAAGACCGCCCACGACUACUAUGAUGCCGACCGCUGUAGCUCGUCAAGCAGAGCCUCCGCAACACCAACUCAAUCCCGAUGCUUCCAACAGUGUCCCGCGACCCCUACUCCCACGGCUGCAGAGUUUGACGACCGCCUCGUUCUUGGGCAUGAUGACAUCCCCGAAAAUCGGCAAACGGGCUCGCACCAACGUCACCGUCGCCUGCGACGGAUGCAAGCAGGCGAGGGCAAAGUGUGAUGGCAAGCAGCCCUGCCAGCGGUGCACUAAACGGUCGUCGGGCUGCAGAUACGACCAGGCCCACGACCGUCGGCAACAUCGUGGAUCCACCGAGGAGAUACAGGCGCUGACUGCGCGGCUGGUUCGCUACCAGCGCGUCAUCUACCUGCUCCGCAACUCCUCCCCCAGGGACGCGGCCAGCAUUCUCCAGCGCUUGAGAUUGACAUCCGACGCGGACGCGGCGAGUGAUCAGAAACCCCUUCCUCCCACCGAUGUCACCUUUGUGGCCGCCGUGCAGUUCCUGUUGCAGACCGAGCACGACUCGCCCACGGCCACCAGUCUGGAGGAGACGGCCGCCUUGGUCGACUGUGUCAGACAUGACAUGGACGAUGAUCCGCCGCCGCAGCACUCACCAACCACAACCAAGAAGCCGUCUCCGGCCCCGCCUGGACGUGAAAAUGACGAGACACCCCGUCCCAAGACUCACAGCAGGGCCGACUUUACCGUACAGGGCCUCUUGUGUCAGGAAGUCAGGGACGAGGGAAACCCGUCGACACAGCACCUGACCUGA